AUGGCCCAGGGCGGCCCCAGGCGUGCACCAAGGCGGCCAGAGGCGCGGGUGGCGGCCGCAGCGCCGCCGGCAGCGGCAGCGGAGCCAGCGGCACCAGCUCCGAGGGCUCAGGGGGCGGCGGGCGCUCCACCCCAGGGCGCGGCGCCCCCGGCCGGCGCGGAGGAGCUCUACGAGAUCCUCCGGCUUGCGGGCUGGGGGAGCUCCACAGUGGAGCACCUGCUGGGCGGCGGGACCUACCUGGCCAGCGAGCCGCCGAGCUCGGACGGCGCUGACAGCGAUGGCGCCGACCUCCAGGCGGCGUACGACGCCCUGGACGUCUGGGCCGUCACCAAGCUCGGCUCGGCGCGAGCCUGGGCGGACGCCGACGAAGCGGGCCACGGCGACGCCGCGGAGCCUGCUGGACCCAGCGCGGGGCAGCCGGCCGCUGCCUCACCAGCAACAGGCUCGGCUGCAGCCGCCCCGGGCGCGGCUAGCUCACGCGGCGCCGCGGCGAGCGCUUCCCCCGGCGGGGAGGCGGCCCGCGGCGAGCUGAGCGGCGAGGCGGCGCGCGCGCCAGCUGCGCGACAAGCAGCGGCUGCCCCCCGCGCCGCGAGCGGACGAGCGGCGAGCGCCCCCCCUGCGGGAGCGGCCCGCCCCGCUGCGGCGGCGGCUGCGGCGAGCUUCGCGGCGAGCGCCCCAGGGGCGGCCCGCGGAGCCGCCGACUCGGGAGCGGACGGCAGCUGGGACGGCCCCGCGGCCGGCGCCGCGGCGAGCGCUUCCGCGACGGAAGCGGCCCGCGGCGCCGCGAGCGCGGACACCGCUCCCGAGGGCGCGGCGAGCGCCCCCAGGGCGAGGGCGGCCCGCAGCCGCGGCGCCGCGGACGCGGCUGCCGCCCCCGAGGGCGCGGGCGCGGCGAGCGCCCCCGGCGCUGCCAGGGCGGCCCUCGGCCCCGCUGGGCGAGGGCGGCUCGGAGGGUUUCCUGCCCGCCCGGAGAGCCGCGCCGAGGCGGCCUGGACGCCAGCCGCCGCAGCCACGGGCCGCGGCCGGCAGCGCUUGGCCCGGGAGGCCACCCGCCGGGUUGCGGCUGGCGCAGGCGGCGCCGGGCGCCUGGGCGAGGAGGCGGCGGCCGGCGCCGGCGGCGCAGCGGCGGCGCGCGCCGCCACGCCGCCCGCGAACGCCUCCCCGCCGCGGGGGAGGGCGGCCGGCGCUGGCGCUGGCACGGACUCCGCGGAGAGCGGCGACGAGGCCGCCCUCGAGCUCGCCUACGCGGAACUGCGGGACGCGGCGCGCGCCCGCGUGCGCGAGGGAGGCUGGGCGAUGGCGCGGGAAGUUGCGUCAUUGCUGCAGGUCUCCCUGCGGGGCCUCAGCUUCCGCGAGGCCACGGCUCGGCUCGCGGAGGCGGCUGGGGCGCUCGCCAGGCACGAGCUGGCGGCCGCCGUUGCGCGCGGGCGCAUGCUGCAGGCUGCCGCCGCUGGGGCCGCGGCGGCCCCGCUGGCCGCUGGGCCAGCCGCGGCGGCCUAG